AGUUACUGUGAAUCGAAAAACCGGAAGUAAAUGAAACCAUGUCUCGAGGAAAUUCAGAAUAUGAUCUGACAGACGCAAACCAAGUGAAAGAUUAUCUUAAGAAUGUCCUUAUUGAAUACCAGUAUAGUUGUUUUAAGAACGAAGACCCUACAGGAUGUCAUCGUUUAGGGUAUUUCCAUGGUUAUGUAGACAUUGAUAAGGAAGAUGCCAAAGAAAAUGCCAAAAAAAUAUUUAAGAUGAACUGCGAGAAAUACAAAUUUGGUCAAAGCUGUGAUUCUCUGGCUGGGAUGUAUCUUCAUGAAAAAAAAUAUUUGUCAGAAAAAGGACCAAGAGAUAAAAUUGUAGGGUAUUAUCAAAAGGCCUGUGAUUACAGUUAUUAUUCAGCUUGUAAAAACUUGGGAGUUCUGAUGCUAGAAAAGGGUGACCUCUGGAGGGAUUACCACGACACAAAGAAAGGGAGAGAACUUUUACAUUCGGCAUGUGACAAGAAAAAUGUGGACAGUUGCUACCUUCUCCAAAAACUCUACAGUAAAAAGCAUCCCGAAAAAACAUUGAAAUUUGCAAUAAGAGGCUGUGAGUUAGACGAUGGAAGAUCCUGCCUCACAGCAUAUCAGAUGUAUUUAAAGGGCUACGGAGUGGAGAAAAACCCCGAACUAGCGAUGUAUUAUCAAGAUAAAGCCAAAUACAUCAAGAGACACAAUAUUGCAUGUAAACCAGAUGAAUCUGUAAGAGUAACUAUGUGACAAAAAAAUGUAAUAAAGAUGUUAUUGAA